GCCGCUCCCGGGAACAUGGCGGCGGCGAACGGGGACGUGCGCGGCGGCGGGGUGCCGCGGCCGACGAACCCGAUGGUCACGCCCCUGCUCACGGACCUCUACCAGUUCUCCAUGGCCUACGCCUACUGGAAGGCCGGCAAGCACCUCGACCGCGCCGUCUUUGAUCUGUACUUCCGGAAAAACCCCUUCGCUGGUGAGUUCACCAUUUUUGGUGGCCUUGAAGAGUGCAUACGGUUUAUUGCCAACUUCAAGCUCAAAGAAGAGGAAAUCAGAUUCUUGCGAGCUGCAUUGCCUACAUGUGAGGAUGGUUUCUUUGAGUACCUCAGCUCGAUUGACUGCUCAGAUGUUGAGGUUUAUGCAAUCCCUGAGGGUUCUGUUGUGUUUCCUAAGGUUCCACUGAUGAUAAUCGAAGGGCCUGUUGCGGUUGUCCAACUUCUUGAAACUCCAUUUUUAACUCUCGUGAACUAUGCUUCAUUGGUUACUACAAAUGCUGCAAGGCACCGCCUUGUAGCAGGGAAGGAAAAAAAUUUACUUGAAUUUGGCCUUCGACGGGCUCAAGGUCCUGAUGGUGGAAUCAGCGCAUCAAGAUAUUCUUACAUGGGAGGAUUUGAUGCUACAAGCAAUGUUGCAGCAGGAAGGUUGUUUGGGAUACCAAUACGUGGGACUCACUCACAUGCAUUUGUGAGCUCUUUCAUGGGUCUUGAUGAAAUCAUUGACAAAGCACUUUCUAGUUCUGAUGGUUCGAACAAAUGUGAAGACUUUGUCUCUCUGGUGCAGAGUUGGCUGAUCAGGAUUAAGGAUGCUAGCUCAUUGCGUGGUACCUUUGGCGAAACAAAUCAAAGUGAGUUGGCUGCAUUCACGUCAUAUGCAUUGGCAUUUCCAAAUGCCUUCCUGGCCUUGGUGGACACAUACGAUGUCAUGAGAAGCGGAGUGCCAAACUUCUGUGCUGUUGCUUUAGCCCUCAACGAUAUGGGGUAUAAGGCAGGUGGAAUUAGGCUAGACUCUGGGGAUUUGGCAUAUCUGUCUAUUGAGACACGCAAGUUCUUCUGUGCAAUUGAAAAAGAAUUUGGGGUUGUUGGCUUUGGAAAAACAAAUAUUACAGCAAGCAAUGAUCUCAAUGAAGAAACAAUUGAUGCCUUGAACAAGCAGGGCCAUGAGGUAGAUUCAUUUGGAAUCGGCACUUACCUAGUUACUUGCUAUGCUCAAGCAGCACUUGGUUGUGUAUUCAAAUUAGUUGAAAUCAACAAACAGCCUCGCAUUAAACUCUCUGAAGAUGUCACAAAGGUAUCCAUACCAUGUAAAAAACGGUGCUACAGGUUGUAUGGAAAAGAAGGUUACCCUUUAGUUGAUAUAAUGACCGGACAAGACGAGCCAAGCCCAAAGGUUGGUGAGAGGAUCCUGUGUCGUCACCCUUUCAUUGAGUCAAAGAGAGCUCAUGUUGUUCCACAGCAUGUUGAGGAGUUGCUCAAGUGCUACUGGCCUGGAAAUUCAUCCAUGCAAAGGGAAGAGCUAACGUCCAUCAACGAAAAUAGGAGCCGGUGCAUGCGUGAUCUGCUCCGUAUGAGGCCGGACCAUUUGAGGAAGCUGAAUCCAACACCAUACAAGGUAAGUGUGAGCACCCAGCUGUACGAUUUCAUCCACUUCCUGUGGCUCAAUGAAGCUCCGGUUGGCGAACUGCAAUGAUGAAAGAUAAUCGCGAUCCAGUCAAGCACUGACGAACUUGUUUUCUUUUCAUGAAUAAUGCAUAUGUAUCUUCUACGAUGUACGAUUCUUUGUGUAUGUCGAACACGAGGAUAUAACUUUACAAAUGUAGUGCUCAGAAGCUCUAUACACACAGCACGCAGGAGUACAGUCAGUGUUGAGUUAGAUAACAGAGCACUUGGAAAUCUGCAAUAACCUGCAACCUUGCAGCUGUGUGCCGAAAGAGAGAAAAAUGACUCUUGUAAGGAUAUGAAACAACUGAAAUGUAAUAUAUUCUGAGGAAAUCACCUCUGUCCGAACUGUCCCUGUAGUUACUCUGGUGUAUGCAUGUAGUGUCGUAUAUUAGAAAAGGUUACUUUGGAGGA